CUUGAUGUUGAAGUUUUUUCGAAUUUUCGUCCUAUUUCAAAUUUGAUGUUCAUGUCUAAACUCACUGAGAAGGUGGUGGCAUCUCAGUUGAUUAAUCACAUUUCUAGUAAUGGACUUGAUGAAUACUACAAUCUGCAUAUAAACAAUUUCAUAGUACCGAAACAGCUUUAGUCAAAGUUUUUAAUGAUAUAAUCCUAGACGUUGACAGGAAUAGGACUGUUAUCUUACUUUUAUUAGAUCUAUCAGUCGCUUUCGAUACGGUUGAUCACACUAUACUGAUUGAGAGAUUAGCAAACCGCUUCGGUCUUUGCGAUCUAGCUCUUGCCUGGUUUAAAUCAUACCUGAGCGACAGAACUCAUUUUGUGAGCAUUCGUGGUGCGCGGUCUGUCACGCGUUCGCUGUCGUGCGGAGUACCACAGGGCUCCUGCUUGGACCGAUUUUAUAUCUGCUCUAUACCUCCCCAUUGGGGGAUAUUGUCAGACAAUACAACAUGGGCUAUCAUUUCUAUGCUGAUGAUACUCAGUUGUAUCUGUCUUUCAGUUCUCUCAGUGGGGAUGAUCAAGCUUAUUCUGUCUCUCAGGUUGAAUCUUGUGUUAGAGAUAUCGACCGUUGGAUGUCUUGUAAC